UUGUUAUUAUUCACGGUGAUCUACAACUUACAAUAUCAGCUAUAAGGGCUGAUAUUUUUGUAGUUUCGUGGUUAAAUCUUUUAAAUCUUUAAUUAAAAACAAUUUGUUGUGGCUAAUCAAAGCGCAUUGUUGAACAGAACAAGUUAAUAGCUACUAAUUAUCGAGAUAUUUUUGUAUAAUUUAAUUUGCAAUGGAGGAACACCACAUUUACGAUGUUGACUUCACCGAAGAGAUAAACAAUAAGAUGCAAGUACCGAAGAGUAUUCGAGUAAAUGGAGAUGUUUCUAAUUAUCGGUCAUCAAACUACUACACUGACGAUAACAGCCGAUUUGGAGACAAUUUUGACAUGAGAGUUCCAGAAAAAAUUGUUCUUAUUGGUAAUAAUCAGCAUCAGGGAUCUUCAUCAAAACCAAGAGAAUUUGCAAUUGAUGAUUUGAUCAUUCCACAGCCACCCCCUGAAGAAUUUAUUCGUGUGCAUACUCCACCACAAAAAAUUACCAUGUCAAGACAUUAUUUCCCUUCUGUGUUGGAUGACUUUGAACUGAAAUCUAUGAGUACUGAACAAAGUGAAGAAUCAAUUCCGAACAAUAAUGAACCAGUGGCUAAUAAUGUGCAAAUCCAAAAUCCAAAUAUGAGCUUCUUCAAUACAAGCAUGAGUGAACCAAUGACAAUAUCUGAAGAAUUAGCUCACUUGCGCCAGCAGAUGGGUCGCGUGUCACGCCGAGUUAUUGAAUUAGAACAUGUAGCUUCACUACCUUUUUAUGUCAGAGAAAGAAAAUUAAUUGUCACAUUGGUAUGCAGUUAUGUGGUUUUUAAAUUGCAUCAUGGUUAACCAGACGUUAGAAGCAUUUAAUUUAUUGCACAUGUUCCAAUUUCUUGUAAAUGCCAUUUUGAUUCAUACCUUAUUUUUGUUGUUUUAUAUAUUUAUUUAUAUAUUACUACAGUGCAUACUAAAAUAUGUAUCUAUAAAAAAAAUAGUGAAUCUUAAAUUCACAGUUCAGUUACUUUAUAAAACAUUUUUCAAUUUUUCGUGGGUUGUUUACUUACAAAAUGUUGUAAAUGUUUUUAAACAACUGAAUACGAUGCAGUAAAAUAUGUAUGACAUGUACAGAAAUGGAAAAAAAUUGCAAAAUAGAACUUUUAAAAUUCAAACAAAAGUUAUAUUUUACUUUUUUUAUUUGUUAUAACCAUUAAAAAAAAUAUUAAUUAUUUACACAUACUAUUAUAUUAUUGUUUAACAAGUACUUUAAUAUGUGUUAACGUAUGAAAAAUCAUCACGAAAAUUAAAAAUUAAAAUGUAUCAUAGUAAUAAUAAUUUUGUUAUAAGUUAGUCUAGAAUUGCUGAUUUAUAUAUUUUAAAGAUAAGACUGCAUCGUUAUUGAGUAGUUUUUAGAGAUUUGUGAUGUAUGACUAUCUUGUUUUCGUACAAAUUAUAAUAUGAUGUCGUCUAAACUAACUUAAUUACUUCAUAUUAUAAUGUGUUGAAAAUAAAAAAAAAUAUUAAACUAUUCA